AUGCGCAUGGCUUUUUAUGAGUUGUUGCUUAGCCUUUUCGUGAAGGUUGCGUUAUGUCAAGAAUAUUGGCCAUCUUUGUCGGCCGAACCUCAGCUGGCGCUGCGAUCGCAGAGAGAUCUUGGUGUGAAUGUUAGCAUUGACCAGAUCUACAAUGUGGGUGUGAACGUGGAUAAAGUAUUGGGUAGUGGAAAUCAGCCAUCUAACGAAACAGACUCGCUAAUGACCUUGAAUAGCUUGCUCAAAGUGGGCGUACAAUCAUACGUUGUUGACUUGAACGUGAGCGAUCCACAAAAUCUUAGACUCCCGUCCUCUAAUAUCAGCUUUUCUAAUCUGCUCGCAACAGUACGACAAUAUGUGACAUCCAGUAAUAACUAUCUGAACGCCAAUAUCCUGGUCUUGUUACUGCGACCGAAUUUCGACUCUACAUCAACAGCUUCAAAUUCGUCUUCAUCUCCGCUGCUUCCGAACAUAACAGCUCAGCUGGAAGCAAACCUGGGGCUCUCCAGUAUCUACACACCAUCUCAACUACUUUCCGAUCGUGAACAGGGCGUCACAGUGGGUUUCACGGGAGAUUAUAGCAAAGCCGGCUGGCCGCCUUUGGAACAUUUUCUAUACAAGAUACAAAAACGAGUAUUGGUUGCUUACAUUGAUGCAAACGUUUCAGACGUUCUACCGAGUGAUUAUGUCUUUGACGGGACAGCGCUAAAUUUCCAAACUUCGAAUACUACCCUGUCGUGCGCCUCAUAUCAAAGUCCAGAGCUUGCAAAUGUGGCAAAGCGUGGCUGGAGGUUUUUAGAGAGCCAGUUCCUUUCUGAUAACAUCCGAGAAUAUGCAAUGUGCGGCUAUUCUCCCAUUAUAGGCAACAACUAUGACCUACAAAACAUUUCAGCCAUCGCAGACCUUUUGCAAAACUCUCUGUCGUGGUCAUGGGCGUACAACGAACCGAACAGCUAUAAUGCGAUUCGCAGUAAUGCUACUUCUUUGGUUGCCUUAAGGUGCGCUGUAGUCCAUUAUGUUGCUACGAAUUCGACCAUUAACUGGGCUGUCGCGAACUGCUACGAUAAAAGGCGCACAGUGUGCCGGCAUAAAAAUGACAAUCUGGAUUGGUCAAUAUCCAAGACAAACCUAAACUACUUCUCAACGCACGACCAGGAUAAUGACGAUGUUUGUCCCGAUAAUUAUACAGUGAGUCUACCGAAAAAUCCACUCGAAGAGAGAGCUUUGAAAUCUGUUUUGACAGAAGUCGGGUCAGAAGAACUUGAUGCAUGGAUAGACAUGAACUCAAUUUCUGUGCAGGACUGCUGGGUUGCCGGGGGUCCGAAUGCCCCGUGCCCGUACGAGAAAGAAACCAGCUCCCGUAGCUUUGUGGGGAUCAUCACGCCUGUCAGUGUUUUCUCAGCGAUUUCAAUUGCUCUUCUUUUCUUUCUCACCUGGCGUAAAGUGCCUAUACAAGACAACAGGAAACAUUGGAAGAAAAUCGUAAGCACGCAUUCAACUUUACAGAAAGAAGGAGUUCCUUCUUAG